CACUUUGAUCAGCUCCUCACCUCACUCACAAUUGCUCUUUCUCACUGCUUUCUUUUACUCAUAUAUUUCACCUCUUUCCAUUCUCUGUUCAACUUCUUUUUCACUUUCCUUUCAAUCCCAAAUGGCCACUGUCGAGGUUGCAUCGGCUCCAAUAGCAUUCCCAGAGAACGAGAAAACUGAGGUGACCAAGACUGAGGAGACAGUGGCAGCACCCACUGUCCCAGAGCCAGCCACUGAAGAACCAAAAGAAGCAACACCUGAAGCCCCAGCAGCAGAGCAACCUGCGGCUGCAGAACCUGAAGCUCCUGUUGAAGUUGAGACCAAGGAGGUGACAGAAGAAGCCAAGGUUGAGGCAGAGGAGCCUGCAGUAGAGAAGAAAGAAGAGGAGACUCAAGAAGUGAAAGCAGAGCCUGCUGCAGAGGAGCCCAAAGGAGAGACUACCGAAGCCACUGAGGCUCCAGCAGCCCCAGCUGAGGUAGAGAAACCAGCUGAGGAAGAGAAGCCAGCUGAAGCAGCAGAAGAAGCUAGCACUGAAGUUCCAGUUGAGAAGACUGAGGAGUAGUUCUGUUGAAUGAUGUGAAGCUAGAGGAGAGGAAAGGAGGGUUUUAGUUGGUCUGCUAUUUUCUUCUAUUUAUUUAGUUUAAUUAUGAUUAUGAUUAAGGUAAUUAGUCUUUGGAUGGGUUUGAAAUUUCCAAGCUUUGUCAAUGUAAGCACUUGGAUCCACUCCAGCAUUCUUCCACUUGCCUAAUAUUUGUAAUGGUGCAUAGAUGGGAGAAACUCUGGGUGCUUUACAUAUAAAAGGAUGAAGUCAUGUGCUUGGCGGGGGGGGGGAAGGGUGUGGAUGUUGGUUCCAGGAGGGUUCAGGUGAGUUUGAUAUGGUGUGAUAUGAGAUGUGAUCUCUAGAUUUGAAUAAUGAUAUUACUGUUAUUUUU